AACUGCACACAAGAAGCCCUCUCUCCAGAAGCUGUAAACGUUUACCAGGUUGGAUCCUCAACAACUCUUUUAACCACCUCUCAGGAGCUCCCAUCUGAACCAACUACAUAAUACCGUUACUCGCAAUGGAUGAAGACAUGGAUUUUGAUGCCAACGCAACGCAGCCGACACCCCCGUUUCACCGUCAAGAAUACUAUGACGGAAGAAAGAUGCUCGAUUUGGUGUUUGUGCAAGACUGUACGGGUAGCCAAGGAAGCUACAUCUCCUCUGCAACGAAGAACAUCGAGGAGAUUUGUGCACAUAUUUUUGAAUCGGGGAAGCUACAAUCGCAAGAAGAUUUGCGCGUCGGCCUUGUUGCAUUCCGCGACCAUCCGCCACAGGAUCAUACAUAUGUUGUCAAGAACUUUGGGUUUUCAUCUGAUAUCAGCAAGGUGCAUCGGGACCUUGCGGGGCUUUAUGCUUCUGGGGGUGGUGAUGGACCGGAGGCCGUGACAGCUGCGCUCGCAGAAGCACUCCAUAUGGACUGGAGGGAGCAUGCGAGUAAGAUGGUCGUCCUGAUUGCUGAUGCGCCACCGCAUGGAAUAGGAGAGUAUGGAGAUGGAUUCGACGAGGGCUCUCCAGACGGACACGAUCCGUUACAACUGGUUCGCGAAAUGGCUAGCCGAGGCAUCACGCUGUUCUUUGUUGCAUGCGAACCGGCGCUUAGUGGUUACUCGUAUGCGACAGAUUUCUACCAAGCAAUUACAACCAUCACGUCUGGGCUCAUGCUCCCACUCACGACGGCUGAUCUCCUUUCGCAUGCGAUCGUAGGCAGUGUGUUGGAAAACCUCGAUAUGGAGCGCCUUGUUCGAGAGGUGGGGCAUGCCGUCGCACAGCGAAUUCUAGGGAACAAUGAAAGCGUCGAUGAUGUCGCUCGUGAACUGCACGAGAAGUUACUCCUCCGAAAUGAAAGCACCAAGAAAGUGGUGAUCGAAAGCAUCUACAAGGAGUCUCCUGAAGCUAUGCAUAACGUUGCCGUCUUCACUCACGCCGCAUCGCUGCAUGAGGCGAAAUCGCAGUUGAAGAGGGUGCAAGGCACGCGUUUCACGGAAAAGUAUCUCAUCGCACGACAGACUGCGAACCGGAGUUUGUACUCAUAUCCAUAUUCACCCCAUACUCCUUCUAGACCAGAAAAGUCUUAUUCUUCUAUGACGCCGAGCACCAGCCCAUCCUCAGUGGCGGCGUCCCCUCCUCGUAAAGUCGUAUCUGACUUUGCUGCAUUCGGCGCGCCGAAGAACGUUAGCGUGUUUGGAACUGCUGUUGCCUCGACGCCUUUUUCGUUGGCGGGUGGCAAGGCUGCGUUUGGCGGCAUCAGGGGUGGUGGUGGUCGAGGCUCGUACGAUGUUGAUGACGACGAUGAAGACGAUGGCGAUGGUAGGCAGCGGGUGGAACUCAGGGAAGAUUCCAUCUCGCUUGAUCAGGCCCGGCGCAUCGCUAUGCAAAGCGCAUGGCGGAGCGUGCGAGGUUGAUGACCUCGUACAUGUUCAUUCUGAUUUUUUGUUGUUCUGCAUCACGAUUGUGGUUGGCUUCUUUUUGUCAGUAUGAUAUCACGAUGAUGGAUCAUGUAGAAUAGUUGCACAUAAAUCGCAAUCAUUAGCACCUUGGUUUGUAUCAUUGGAAACUGGGGCAGUGUUUUAUUUUCACGAGAAUUACUC